GUUCCAAUAAGUACCAAAUAUGAGUUAACCAGAACGAGAGACGCAUAAUUACAUUAGUGAAGGAAUUUGUGCAUUCCAGAUCAAUUUUUAUUAUCCGAUCAUCAUGUCGUUACGGAAGACCCAUGGCGACACCCUUACUGAUAAAUCCGUGCCAUGGAGCAGUUUGCCGCGGUCCACCGCGCGCCUGUACCCAUCUCGGCCGUCGCGUAUCACGCGCUCGGCCAGCGUGGUGGCCACGGACUCGCCCGAAGUCGCAGCAGUCCCCAAGCUGAGCCGGAAGUCCACGUUGACCGAGGUUAAAAGGCUGAGGGCGUCUCUGCGCAAUCCACCUGUGAUGCCCAUCGGGGCCCUGCCACGUGCAUGUAAAUACAUGAAGGAAGUGACCUUUGAAAUGGACCGCCCCGUCAUCGAUCCCGAAGCCGAUGUGCCCGUGCCCAUUAAUCUGCCACCGGACGCGGUCCAGCGUCGUCUGACGUCCGUCGGGAUCAAUCGCGAUGCGGACGGCCAAGAAUUCCCUACCAUCACCAAAGCGGCCGUGAGAACCAAGUACCGCAAAGGACUGGCUGCUAAUCGUUUUUUGCGACUGUUAAAAGUUAUCGAAGCAGCAAAAGCGGCGCAUGCUCGCUGUAAGAUGCAGCAAGACGUUCCGCGAAUCAGCCGGGAAUUCGAGGAUCCAUUUCUCCGACUCCAACGAAAAAUGUGCCAUGAGAACAAAAAACACUUCCUCAUCAUACAGUCGCUGUUUCUGGGUUUAUGGCACCGGAAGUUCCUGUUGGACGUGGAGCUGAAGUGUCUGGAGGGGAUUGUGCCCAUCCAUCUGCCGCUCCUAUCCGCGCACAGCGACGUCUGGACGGAUUUCUGCUACCAGCGCGGCUGCAGUCUGUACAAGCACAGUCCCAUCCUCAUCGACUUCGGCUCGGCGGUGACGCUGCUGGGACUGCGCAAUGUCGUCAAUUAUUUGUACGUUGGUAGAAUCAAGGUGGGUUACAGCAAUUGUGUAGAGAUUUUCGAUGCGGCCCGGGCCUUGCGCUUGCACUACCUGGCCAAGAUGGCCGAAGCCUUCGCCAAUGUCCUGCUGCAGGAGCACAACCUGUGGAGCACCGUCAGCGCCACCCGCUCCACCGCCUGCGCCCUCUUCGAUAUCGCCUGGACGAAGCUGGCCACCAUGUUCGUGGAGCUGAGUAAGACCAGGGAUUUUCUGGAGAUGGACGCGGAGGAUCUGCUGUGGUUCCUCAAGCAAAACGAGCUGAAAGUCACGAGCGAGUAUGAAGUAUUUGAAGCGGCCAUCAACUGGAUGAAGCACGACCGACUGGCUCGUCUGCCGCACUUCCAGACGAUUAUGGGCUGUAUCCGUUUCGCGCUGAUGAGCACCGACGAGCUGGUCAUGUGCAUGAAGUCCGAUCUGGUCUUCCAGGAGCCCAUCGGCAUGGAGAUGCUCAGCUUCGCUAAUCUGGCGCGAUUGUAUGCCAGUCAAAACCAAAAUUGGUCCGAUUAUGAACUGCCGAAAACGCGGAUGAACCCCGUCAGAAUGGAGAAACACUAUGAAAUGCUCGGCUGUCAGAUUAACUUGUGAAACAUUUUUGGGUUUUUGCAAUUUUGUCAUGCUUAGUUAUAUCAUUUAUUUAUUUUCAUCAUUUUAUACUGCUUUUGCAGUUUUCAAACUCGAUUUAAUGGCGGCUUUUUUGCUUCUUGAAGUUGUAUAUUGUUUUGUGACCUCUUGUGCAUGACGUUUAUGUAAAUCUAAUAAUAUUGCGAAUCGGUCAGUUUUGCAUAACGUCAACACAUUAA